UGGACAGCUACAGGCAGAUAUAUAGAGAAAAAGGAACAGCUACAGACUGACAUGGACAGCUACAGGCAGACAUACAGACACAAAGGAACAGAUACAGACAUGGGCAGCUACAGGCAGACAUACAGAUAUACAGACACAACGUAACAGCUACAGACAGGUAAAGGCACACAGACACAAAGGAACAGCUACAGACAGACAUGGACAGCUACAGCCAGACAUACAGACAAAAAGGAACAGACAGACAUAGCUACAGGCAGACAUGGACAGCUAUGGGCAGACAUACAGCACAAAGGAACAACUACAGGCAGACAUACGGACACAAAGGAACAGCUAAAGGCAGACAUGGACAGCUACAGGCAGACACACACACAAAGGAACAGCUACAGACAGACAUGGACAGCUACAGGCAGUCAUACGGACACAAAGGAACAGAUAGAGACAUGAACAGCUACAGACAGACACGGACAGGUAAAGGCACACGCACAGACACACAUAGCUACAGCCAGACAUACAGACACAACGGAACAGACCGCCAGACAUGGACAGCUACAGACAGACAUACUGACAUAAAGGAACAGACAGCCAGACAUGGACAGCUACAGGCAGACAUACAGACACAAAGGAACAGCUACAGGCAGACAUGGACAGCUACAGGCAGUCAUACGGACACAAAGGAACAGAUAGAGACAGUCACAGGUAGACAGGCACAAAGGAACAGACAUACAGACACAAAGGAACAGCUACAGACAGUCACAGGUAGACACAAAGGUACAGCUACAGGCAGACAUGGACAGCUAUGGGCAGACAUACAGCACAAAGGAACAACUACAGGCAGACAUACGGACACAAAGGAACAGCUACAGGCAGACAUGGACAGCUACAGGCAGACAUACGGACACAAAGGAACAGCUACAGGCAGUCAUACGGACACAAAGGAACAGCUACAGGCAGACAUACAGACACAAAGGAACAGCUACAGACAUAAACAGUCAGAGGUAGACAGACAAAAAGGAACAGACAGACAUGGACAGCUACAGGCAGACAUACAAAAAGGAACAGCUACAGACAGACAUGGACAGCUACAGGCAGUCAUACGGACACAAAGGAACAGAUAGAGACAUGAACAGCUACAGACAGACACGGACAGGUAAAGGCACACGCAC